CGUGAGUGCAUAUCCAUCCACGUCGGUCAAGCCGGUGUUCAGAUGGGCAAUGCAUGCUGGGAACUGUAUUGCCUUGAACAUGGGAUCCAGCCUGAUGGUCAGAUGUCCAGUGAUGAAACUGUCGGAAGUGGAAAUGAUUCCUUUAACACUUUCUUCAGUGAGACAGGAGCCGGUAAACAUGUUCCCAGAGCAGUGUUUGUGGACCUAGAGCCAACUGUAGUUGAUGAAGUGCGAAGAGGCACAUACAGGCAGUUAUUCCAUCCUGAGCAGCUCAUAACUGGGAAAGAAGAUGCAGCGAAUAAUUAUGCCAGAGGCCAUUAUACCAUUGGCAAGCAGAUCAUUGACCUAGCGCUGGACCGCAUUCGCAAACUGGCUGACCUGUGCACAGGGCUGCAGGGUUUCCUCAUCUUCCACAGUUUUGGCGGGGGCACCGGUUCAGGGUUUACAUCUCUGCUGAUGGAACGGCUCUCUGUUGAAUACGGCAAAAAGUCCAAGCUGGAGUUUGCCAUUUAUCCAGCCCCACAGGUGUCCACGGCUGUGGUAGAGCCUUACAACUCCAUUCUGACCACCCACACCACACUGGAGCACUCUGACUGUGCCUUCAUGGUGGAUAAUGAAGCCAUUUACGAUAUAUGCCGUCGUAACCUUGACAUUGAGCGCCCCACUUACACCAAUUUAAACCGAUUAGUUGGGCAGAUCGUUUCAUCGAUCACUGCUUCGCUGCGUUUUGAUGGAGCCCUCAAUGUGGAUCUGACAGAAUUCCAAACUAACCUUGUUCCAUACCCACGGAUCCAUUUCCCGCUGGUGACCUACGCCCCUAUCAUCUCUGCUGAGAAGGCCUAUCACGAGCAGCUGUCCGUGGCCGAUAUCACCAACGCAUGCUUUGAGCCGGCCAACCAGAUGGUGAAGUGCGACCCGCGCCACGGCAAGUACAUGGCCUGCUGCAUGCUAUACCGCGGCGAUGUUGUCCCCAAAGACGUCAACGCUGCUAUCGCUAGGAUCAAGACCAAACGUACCAUUCAGUUCGUGGAUUGGUGCCCGACUGGAUUCAAGGUGGGCAUUAACUACCAGCCUCCGACGGUGGUGCCGGGUGGUGACCUAGCAAAGGUGCAGCGCGCGGUGUGCAUGCUGAGCAACACCACGGCCAUUGCUGAAGCGUGGGGUCGCCUCGACCACAAGUUUGACCUGAUGUAUGCUAAGCGUGCUUUUGUGCAUUGGUAUGUGGGGGAAGGGAUGGAGGAAGGAGAAUUUUCUGAAGCCCGGGAAGAUCUGGCUGCCCUUGAGAAAGAUUAUGAGGAGGUCGGCAUAGACUCCGUGGAAGCAGAGUCUGAGGAGGGAGAUGAGUACUUUUAA